GCCCGUGGGGGCGGGCGCGGGGCGCCGCUCUGCUCGCGCCGCUCGCUGGUGCGGCCGGAAGCGGCGGCGGCGGCCCCGGAGCGGCGGCGGCCGCCAUGAAGCGGGACGUGCGCAUCCUCCUGGUGGGGGAGGCCCAGGUGGGGAAGACGUCGCUCAUCAUGGCCCUGGUGGGCGAGGAGUUCCCCGAGGAGGUGCCUGCUCGCGCAGAGGAGAUCACGAUCCCAGCUGAUGUCACGCCCGAGAAGGUCCCCACGCACAUAGUGGACUACUCAGAAUCAGAGCAGACGGAGGACGAGCUGCAAGAGGAGAUCGCCAAGGCCAACGUGGUCUGUGUGGUGUACGAUGUCACCAAGGAGGCCACGAUCGAGAAGAUCCGCACAAAGUGGAUCCCCAUGGUGAACGGGGGGCUCGAAAAGGGCUCCAGGAUCCCCAUUAUUUUAGUGGGAAACAAGUCUGACUUGCAGGCGGGGAGUUCCAUGGAUGUCAUCUUGCCCAUCAUGAACCAGUUUUCGGAGAUUGAGACUUGCGUGGAGUGCUCUGCCAAGAACCUCAAGAACAUCUCUGAGCUCUUCUACUAUGCCCAGAAAGCUGUGCUGCACCCCACUGCCCCCCUGUACGACCCAGAGGAGAAGCAGCUGAGACCUGCGUGUGCACGAGCACUGACCCGGAUUUUCAACCUCUCGGACCAGGAUAACAACCAGAUCCUUAGUGAUGAUGAACUCAACUACUUCCAGAAGUCCUGCUUUGGAAACCCCCUGGCCCCCCAGGCCCUGGAGGAUGUGAAGAUGGUUGUGUGGAAGAACACUACAGACGGAGUGCAGGACAACGGCCUGACGUUGAACGGCUUCCUCUUCCUCAACACACUCUUCAUCCAGCGGGGCCGACACGAGACCACCUGGACCAUCCUUCGUCACUUUGGGUACGAUGAUGAGCUGGAGCUGACGGAUGACUAUCUCUACCCGCCGUUCCGCCUGCCCCCCGGCUGCUCCACGGAGCUCAACCACUUGGGCUACCAGUUCCUGCAGCGGCUGUUCGAGAAGCACGACAAGGACCAGGAUGGAGCCCUCUCGCCCACAGAGCUGCAGAACUUCUUCAGCGUCUUCCCCUGCGUGCCCUGGGGCCCCGAGCUCUACAACACGGUAUGCACCACUGAUAAAGGCCUGCUUUCCCUGCAUGGAUUCCUCUGCCAGUGGACGCUCAUAGCCUACCUGGAUGCCCAGCACUGCCUGGAAUGCCUGGGCUACCUGGGCUACCCCAUCCUCUCGGAGCAGGACUCCCAGACGCAGGCCCUCACAGUGACCCGGGAGAAGAAGAUUGACCUGGAGAAGGGUCAGACCCAGCGAAACGUCUUCCUCUGCAAGGUGCUGGGAGCCAAGGGCGCAGGCAAGUCCGCCUUCCUGCAGGCCUUCCUCGGCAGGAGCCUCGCGGCCCAGAGGGAGAACCGAGGAGAGCCAUCCCUCUAUGCGAUCAACACUGUGCAGGUCAACGGCCAGGAAAAAUACCUCAUCCUGUACGAGGUCAGUGCUGACACGAAGUUCACGAAGCCAUCAGACACAGCCUGCGAUGUCGCCUGCUUGAUCUAUGACCCAAGGGACCCCAAAUCCUUCAGCUACUGUGCCAGUAUUUAUAAGCAGCACUACGUGGACAGCCAGAUCCCCUGCGUCUUCGUGGCCUCCAAGACAGACCUGCCAGAAGCCAGUCAGCAGCCUGGGCUCUCCCCCACGGAGUUCUGCUAUAAGCACUGCCUCCCGCCACCCUUCCUCUUCUCCUGCCACAGCCAAGGCCCGCCUGGCACUGCCAUCUACACCAAGCUGGCCACCGCCGCCACCUUCCCCCACUUGAACGCCACGGAGCUGGGAGCCACGUCCUUCUGGGUCCGGGUGGCCCUGGGGGCGGCGGUGACUGCCCUGGUAGGGUUCACGCUGUACCGUGUGCUAGCCAAAAACAAAUGAGAACUGCUCUCCCCCAUCCUCCCUGUGACACCAGCCUCCCCCCCGAGUGACGCCCCAGCGAGGGGCCCUGCGUCGAGCUGCUCCCCGCUGGGAAACCCUCCUUCCGCCCAGCCUUGACUGCAGAACCAGCGGAACCAGACCUCAGCACCAGCAGCACAGAGCCCGACAGGCGAUUCCCUGGCACCAGCCCGCCUGGCCCUGCCGGCCUCUGCGGCCUACUCAGCUGCGUGGCUCCCGUACCCAGCCGUGGCCAUGGGGUCCGGGCAGUCUCUGCCUGGGGGCCCAGCCUCACUGGGAGUCGGAGGAUUGUCCCCAUCUUUUAUUCUGGUUAUUUUUUAAUGCUUGUUUUUAUGCUCAGACAUGUUUCAGUAUCUGCCAGGCCAGGCACAUCUCUUCCCCAGAGAGCUGUGCUGGGCCCCGUUGGCGCCCUCAAUUUUGCGGGAGAUGUUAUAUAUACCUUCCCAGAGCCCCCUGGGACUCGCAGCCCUGGCAUUGAGGCUGUGCCAGUUUCUGGGCUCCUGUGGGAGAGUUGCUGAACAGGCUAAGAGCCCUGGUCCCAUGGGGCAAGUCUCCAGCGGGAGUCCCCGUGUCCCUCUGCCAGCACGGCCCAUGCUGGGGUUUUGGGGUCACUUGGCUCCUGACCCCUUCCGCUGUCCUGCUGGGACGCUGUGGCAGCAGCCCCCAGCCCUGGGCCGCAAGGGGAGCGAGCGAUACCGCGACCUGUCCCAGGUCCCUUCUGUUUCUCGUUUCUGUGCAAAAUGUUUGGAGUCCUGCAGUGUGCCAGGAUCUCAGCCCAUCUGCCCUUCCUGCCCCAGCUGGCAGCUUGUCCCCUCCGCUCCCCACCCCUGCCCUGGCCACCAGUAUUGGCAGGGGUGCGGGAACCAUGGUAAGCGAGAGAGGGCAGCGACGGCCUAGGGUGGCCCUUGUGCUGCUGAGGGCUGCUGUUCAGGCACUGAUCAACACGAGCUGCCGCUCUGUCCUGGCAGUGUCACCGUUGAGCUGGUGCCACAUGAUGCCAUCAUUGGCUCAUAGCCGUUGUCCUGCUGUCUUCUCCAUGGGGCCCUGGCCUGGCCUGGCUUUGCCGUUCCGAGGGCUGUCCCAGAGCAGGGUACUCGAGGUGCCACAUCUCCUGGUACAACUGGAAGCCGUUUCCCCUGGGGCGGCCCUGUCCCCCUGCCCGGCUGGGUGAUGGUGUUAGCUGCCGGGCAGCUGAGGUGACUUCAGCCCAGCACAAAUCCGGGGCCACCCCUGUCUCCAGCAUCCCAAAGAGCGAGGCCAGCCUUCGCUGGCCCCUCCAGGCUGGCUCCCCACUCGGCUUCCCCCCUCUGCUGGUGCCCUGCCAGUGUGGGCGCCCAGGUAAGCUACUGAUUAGAUAAGUGACACUAGUUGUUACACUUUCAAGCGCACUCAGGGUAGGCUUAUUUACAGGCAGCUUGUGGGGCAGCACCGUGUUAAAACUAACUGCUUUUCUAUACGUUUGUCUAUUUAUACCUUUUGGGGGGGCCUGGAGCCAGUGAUGGGUUUGAGAGGUCUUGGCUGCACCCAGCUACCUCUGGUGGGGCGAGGCCUGGGGUGGUGCCCCGGGCCGGGGCGCUGAGCUGAGCCCCGGGGAAGGUGCUGAGGGCAGCGCUGGCCCCACGUGUGGCCCCUUCCUGCGGUGGAGCCAGGCUGCCAGUGAAGCCACCGUCGGCAUCCCUGCUCGCUGCUGCGUGCCCCUCGGCUAAGCAGGCGCCAGGGGUGGGCGAGCCCCCCAGCGCAGGGCUGACCCCGCUCCCAGCACCGCUCCAGGCCUGGCAAAGCUGUACUGUUUUAGGAGGUUUGUUCUCGACAACAAAAUAAAUUUUUACACACUUUC